AGCGAGUUGGAUCAGUCACACGAGUCCCUCCGAGCAGGGCGGUCGCGUCGCAACAACUUUCCAACUUGCUGUUACGUCAUACGAGGGUGAUUCGAGUGUUAGAUUCAGUGGGAUGGUGUUUCGAUGAUAGUGAAAUGGUGCGUAGACGCGGAGUUUGUCGUGUAUCGUCGGGCCAACUGUGCGCCGCGCUGUUAUGGCUGCUCACCUGUAUACAUGGUCUAAACGCAGUGAAAAUAGUGAAAGUGGUGGUACCAGAAAUAAUACAAUAUGGUGUCCAGGACGCUGUCAUAUUAGACUGUGAUUACACUUAUGGUAAUGAGACCUCAGGUUUAAUGGUAAAAUGGUUCUUCAAGAACAAAGCAAGACCUGUGUACCAGUGGAUAGCGUCUCAAAAGCCUCAAGAUAUGGGGAUCUUGAGGGGUCGGGUGGACCUUACGUAUAGGGCCUCUAACGACCCUUUGAAAAUGCAUCGAGCAUUGCGUAUUGUUAAGCCAAACACAGACAUUUCUGGUGACUACACGUGUGUUGUGUCCACGUUCAUGGAAGAAGAUUCUAGAACGAAACAGAUGAUUGUUUUCGUGCCGGAGACGAACUUCCGGCUGAUCCAAAACAAAACGGAUGACGACACGGUCAACGUCAUCUGUGCUGCGGACGGCGCGUUUCCUGCGCCAAACCUCACGCUCGCCACGCCGGAGAGGCGUCUGGACGGCGUGUCUCAUAACCUGAAGCUGGUGAACGGCAGAUACUCAGCAGUGGCCUUCGUGACCCUCAACGAUGCCGACCUGCCGUCUCCAGCAGAAUUCAUCUGCACCUUGAGGAUAUCGCAGGCCAAAUACGCUGUAAGGAAAGAAGCUAUUUAUUAUCCAGGUCCUAUAAGCACAACUCCCGAGAUGCCCACAGCAGCUGAUAUGCAACUGGCAGCUGCGGUUGGCUCGAAAGGAGCAAAUCUGUACAUCGCACUCAGCACAGUCUUGCUGCCGGCUCUCGCUCAAAUGUUCGCCUCAUAAAAUAUGUCGGAAGAUAAGAAAGAAGAGAAAAUAUGAAACACCUAAUAAAACGCGUCUCGUUUGUUGAAGGGUAGUUUCCUUUUUUGUGACAAACCUAAUAUGGCGUGUAGUUGGCAUGUGAAAAUUGAUAUUUUUUUUCUAAAUUGUGUUUCAGAAUAGAAUCAACACCAAUGUUAAACACAAGUUGUAUGUUGCAACUUAGUUAUGUUUGAACUCAGUUUCACGGUUUAGAAUUUAAAUUUUAAUUAUCAUAACAUUUCGAUAUAAUUGGCAAUGCAACAUUACUAGGAAAUGGAAAUUCACAAUUUAACUAAAUCGACAAUUGUGCAAAUGUAAUAAACCGCAAUUUAAACGCUGCCAAUUUGAGUAACACUGUUUGGACUUUAUUUGAAGCGAUUAAUGGAAUCCGUACGGAUUAACUGGGUCAUUAUAGAAAGCGAAUUAUACUGCAGUACAUAACUUGUUAAUAGCUAACGAUAUUAUUUUACUUAUCAGUCCACUAACAGAUGGAGGUCUUACUCUUUUUUAAUUGGCCUUCAUAACCCAACACCGUAGAUUAACUGAUCUACUAUAACCUGGUGAGGUGCUUCUGGACUACUUGAGAUGUAACUGGGAGACGAAACAUUAUUUGAUAUUGCACUGGAUAAUUUUUAGAUUUUAAAACAAUUUUCUAUAAUAAUUUUCAGUAGGUAAUACAAAGAGAGAUCCUUAAAAAGCAUUAGUAAAUUGAAUAGACCCGGAUCCGGUAAUUGGAUAAUAAUGAUAACAUUGUGCUAUAUUGAGAAAAAUCUCGAUGCCAAACGGUUUUGAUAUAUUUCUUUCAUUUUCUUUUAAAAUUCUAACUAGUCCACAUAAUAUACGCUUGAAUUUUCCACAAUAAAAGUUACGUUUGGUGAUUCAAAUAUCUAGGUUUAAUGUUUUUAAAACUUCAUUGUAAUAUCCAGCUUUGUAUUCUUCUAUUAAUCAUGUAAAUAUCACAACGGAUUUUAGUUUAAAAUUACGUAUAGUCACAACAUCCAAAGCGAGCCAAUUUUAACAACAAAUAGGUGUCACAAAAAAUGAACAGACACUAAGUUUUAUAAAUGUCAUGCAAAUAAAAAAAAUAGCUUUAUGUGUACUAAAUAUAAGAGGAAAUGCGUGUUGGAAGCUAAUCUUAUAUAAAAUUAGCUAUCGAAAUGUACAGUAUGGGGUUUCACGUUCGAAAUUAUUUUUCUUAAUAAAACCAAUGAUAGAAUAAUGUGUAUAUAUCUUUCGUGGAAAGAAUUUGUACAGACGUUUUGUUGUAGUUGUGUGGUCACGGGCCUAAGAUUGUAGUGUGCUGCAAGCAAAACUUUUAUGGCACAUGAUAACGAUUUCCUUAAAGCUAUCAACCUUUUUUGAUCGGUGUAGGACUCUACGGUAGAUAAUUUUUCAGAAUACUUUUUAAUUAAACUUUUCAUUAUUAAAAUAAAAAGGUAGGAUUUUAUUCGUAGAACUCCAUUUGACUUAUUAUAUUUCUUUUAUUGAGAUCAAUUGAUAUUAUUUUAAUUUACUUUGAUGUCGCAGCCAUACAAGUUUUGCUUUAAAUUAUUUCGCAAAUGUUAAUGAUUGGACAUUUUCAAAAACUAUUUUUCAAACGUUCCAUUUAGGUAGCACAUGUAUAGUUUAUUUUACUAAUAAAAUAUUAUAUUAAUUUGUAAAGCAUUUGAUGUUUGUCUAGUUUAAUAAUGUUUAUUAAUCUAAACUUUGAUAUACCAAAAUUUAAUAUAUUAACGUAUUUAUGAUUCCAAAAAAUAAUUAUAAAUUAUUUUAUUACAUUCCCUAUUUAAUUUAUUUUAAUUUCUGCGUUUGAAUGGUAGUUAAAAAAUACAUUUAAAACUACCUAAAUAUGAUCAAAAAGUCGAUAUACGUAGACAAUGUACAAAUAAGUAAAUCAUAAAAAUAUCGGUUUUCAUUUUAAAUAAUUUUGAUCGAUACACAGAAAAUAAACGAGUUUCAAACUGAAUACUUAUUCGGAGUUAAUAAUUUUUUUCUUUUAGUCCAAGCAAAGAUAAUGUAGUUUCAAAUCUAACUUCGUAAGUAUUCUAAUGGACUCGUAAUUUCUAGUCUUGUACAGCUUGAUGCUAUGAUAUCGAGGAUGUACAAGUACUGGAAAUAAAAUAAUAUGUGUUUACUGUUUUUUUAGCGAAUGUCGGUAUAUUUUGGGUUUCUUGUCACAGUCACUUGAUCGUUUGAUAACACCCUUAAAAAUAAAUAUUAAAAACUCUCUCUUAUAAAUUCUAUUCCUAUUUGUUAACUUUCAUUUUCGUUCGAAAAGGAAGCGUACCUUUAUCAACAGGGUAUCAAAUUUCUUUCGCUUUAGAUAUUCCUUUUAAUAAAAUUGUGACAAUAUUGUAAAAAAAACCCUUCGCAAAUCUUUCUAAAAGGCUUCGAAAUUCUAAUAAAUUGUAACUUUUUUGUUGUAAAGUGAUAACUUUUUGUCGAUCGAUGUGUGAUUCGUUAUGUCUGAUUAAGAUAGAUAUGAUAAAAAUAUCUAUGUGACUGUUUGAAUUCCAUUUGAUUAUGUCUCUAGACUUUAGAAUUCAAGAAUUAAUAUUUAAUUAUGACUUAUGAGCAUUAUUAAUUCAUUUGAAGAACUUUAUAAUAAGCUGGAUGGAAUUAAUGCGUUUGAAAUUUUCGAAAGCAAUUCUUUGUCUUUCCGACUUGACGGUUAUACAAGACGGUUAGACUAUGUGGUCAAAUCAUAAUCUUUUUUUCAACACACUUCUAGUUUCUACCCCGUUUCAUAACUUGAUUGACAUUUUGUAGAGCACCAAAUGGAACUCACACACGAACGUAGCUAUAACAAUUAAGGAUAGCCGGUUACGGGCCAUGUAAAUAUUUGUACGAAUUAUGUUACGUGUAAGUUUAUAUUUAAAGUUAAGGAGAUGUAAAACACUUGCUGUGCAUACUGCCGUUUAUGGAUAAGAUCCAGUCAAGACUUUUAUUGUGAGAUUUCCUAAAAAUAAAAUGGAUCGUUGUGUAAA